GAGACCUUGUUCCCUUAUAUCAAAGACAACGUGAAGAAGUACCUGAUUGCUCACUGGGAGGAGGAGGAGUGCCAGCGGGAUGUCAGACUUCUGAGGAAACAGGCUCAGGAGGACUCCAGCUUGGAUGGGGCUGUGCCAAUCCCUCUGGAGACUGGGAGUGGGGAAGAGGAGGUGGAGCGGGUCAUCCAGGCGGUGGUAGACAGCGUGCUCUGGCAGAUGUCUCUGGACAGGAAGACCACAGCACUGAAGCAGCUGCAGGGUCACAUGUGGAGGGCAGCCUAUGCAACUGGGCACAUCAAAGGAGAAAUCUUCAAGGACGUGGUUCCAGCCAUCCGGAAGUGGCGGGAAGCUGGGAUGAAGGUCUAUAUCUACUCCUCAGGGAGCAUUGAAGCCCAGAAGCUUCUGUUUGGAUACUCUACAGAAGGUGAUAUCCUACAG